UCGAGUCUGCCAUGUUUUGUCCUAUUUGUCGCGCUUCAUCAACGCGUUCGCGUUUACUAUUUCAAUUUAUUAUUUUCUGAAUGUACUGCGCGCUGUGAUUUGUUUACAAAUAGUGUAGUUAAUGGUGUUGUUAUUAAAUCUGAGUGAACGUUUGAUCAAUCAAUCAAUUUACUACCUCUGUGUGUGACAGUGUAAUUCGUAUUUCAAGAAUUUAUAGAAUCGGUCGCUAGCUUGCCACUGUCUGCAUUCAAAGAAAUUCCGUCGCGUUUUUGUAACAUUUGUAUCCGCUACUGUGAUUUCAUAACAUUUUGUGGUAUCUGUCUGUGACGCAACCCACGUGCACAUUAUUACAUGGGGCAUCGCAUGCACAUUUGUUAUUAUUUUGUCCGCGAGUUCGUUUUGUCUAGCUAGUUGGUCGAACACGGGUUUCGAUCAAAGAAAGAAAAUAACACGACACGGCUAUGGUACAGCCGUGUUGCGUCGAUUGCUUAUCGAAAUUUUAAACGGUGAUUGCUGUUCUUGGUAAUACAUAAGAUAUCAAUUAGUGCGGGAUUGUGUUGCCGAAGUGAUCGGGCUGCCGGGUGCAGCGCACACGUGACGCGUGUUUGGGUGUCAGUCGGUUGCGGUUUGCUAACAGGCGCACGCCACAGUCCGCCUGCAGUGCAGUGCGGAGCGCGCGGUGGCGGCAGCGGCUCUUGACUCGACGCGAGGUGAAUCACCGCUGGCGUGUUGAUCGUGCUUGUUUACCCGCGAGUGCAUAAGUGCGUGUAGCGGAAGUGUAUAAGGCAUGUGCGCCGUCGUUUGGCGCCGAUGACACCGCCGUCCAAGGAGACGGCGUUUUGAUCGCGAGUGUGUGUUGUUAUGCUCCCUGGGUUAUGAGUGUGUGACAAAGUUGUAGUGUGAGGACACUGGAGCCCCUAGACGGAGUUGGGCCCGCCGGGGCGGCCCUGGUGCUUCUCGGGGCUCCUCACGAAGGCAAAAUGGCUGCUUGGAACCGCCACCACCAUUUCAACAUGCUCAUGGAUGAGAAUGCUAAAAAUAAGUUGAGUGUCGUGGGCGGCGGCAUACCGGAAGCCGCCGGCGGCGAGCGGCGGCACGGCCCGCUCUAUGGGAGACUGGUGGCUGAAGACCAGCUGGCGUCGAUGAGUGCACCCUCCGACAUUCAGGUGAGCGCCAUCGCGCGCAACCAACGAGCUUUCUGCCGCUACCGUACCCCUGCUCAGGCUAUGCAAGCCCGAAUACCACACCACUUUCGAGACCCUUCAACGGCACCUCUUAGGAAACUCAGCGUAGAUCUCAUCAAAACCUACAAACACAUAAACGAGGUAUAUUAUGCGAAAAAGAAACGGAGAGCGCAACAAUACCUAGGAGAAGACGGCUCGCACAAGAAAGAGAGAAAGCUGUACAACGAUGGUUAUGAUGACGAUAACCAUGACUACAUCAUCAAACAGGGCGAGAAGUUCCUCGACCGGUAUGAGAUCUCAUUACCGAUUGGAAAGGGAUCUUUUGGACAGGUUGUGAAGGCGUAUGACCAUGAGGAGCAGUGUCAAGUAGCGAUAAAAAUAAUUAAAAAUAAGAAACCCUUCCUAAAUCAGGCACAAAUAGAAGUCAAGUUACUAGAAAUGAUGAACAGGGCGGACGCUGAAAAUAAGUAUUAUAUAGUGAAACUGAAACGUCACUUUAUGUGGCGGAACCACCUGUGCCUAGUGUUCGAGCUGCUCUCGUACAAUCUGUACGAUCUGCUGCGCAACACCAACUUUCGCGGCGUGUCGCUAAAUCUCACGCGCAAGUUUGCGCAACAACUGUGCACCGCGUUAUUGUUCCUUAGUCAACCUGAACUAAAUAUAAUUCACUGUGAUCUUAAGCCUGAAAAUAUUCUACUAUGUAAUCCGAAGAGGUCAGCCAUUAAGAUUGUAGACUUCGGGAGUUCGUGUCAACUAGGUCAAAGGAUAUACCAAUACAUCCAGUCGAGGUUCUACAGGUCGCCGGAGGUGCUUCUCGGUGUGCCGUACGACCUCGCGAUAGACAUGUGGUCGCUGGGCUGCAUACUCGUAGAGAUGCACACCGGUGAACCACUGUUCAGCGGGGCGAAUGAGCUCGACCAGAUGAAUAAAAUUGUCGAAGUACUGGGCAUGCCACCCGAUCAUUUAUUAGAUCAGGCACACAAGACCAGAAAGUUUUUCGACAAAUUACCAGCCUCCGAAGGUGGUGGAUACGUAUUAAAGAAAGUCAAUGGCAAAGAUGGAAGCGGUUACAGAAAGUACCUAGCGGCGGGCACGCGGCGGCUCCACGACAUCCUCGGCGUGGAGGGCGGCGGGCCGGCCGCGCGCCGCCGCAACGAGCCCGGACACUCCGUCUCAGACUAUCUCAAGUUCAAGGACUUGAUCCUCCGUAUGCUCGAAUACGAUCCAAAGCAACGCGUGACGCCGUACUACGCGUUGCAGCAUAACUUCUUCAAACGGACAGCAGACGAGUCAACAAACACACAACAGGCGCAAGCGCAGUCGCACCACCAGCACGUGGGCGGAGCGCGGUUGUGGGGCGGCUCCGAGAGAAUGGACGUGGAAGGCGUGCGGAGGGAAGAUGACCUUCUGCAGCCUGUCUGCCAACUCCAGCACAGCCCCGUCGCUAUACACUAGCGUCACUGGCUCCACUGGCGUCAUUGGCGCCACUAGCGUUAUUGGCUCCACUAGCGUCGUGCUACAGUAUCGCCGUACCAGACAAAGUGACACGCCUGUUAAAUUGACGUGUUGUUUCCGAGUACUAACGUAGUGUGGACAGACCUGUUAUUGGGCAAUUGAAAACAACAGAUAUUAAGUUUAUUCGCCGUUGUUUUAAUGUUACGCGCUAGUCAAAAUUAAUAUCUCAGUUUCAAACAGACACUUUAAAUAUUUGUCCCUAACGAAUCGAGUGCUGAAUUAUUUAGUUGGCAACUAGAAUGUCGUCAUUUUGUCUAUCGGAUUAAAAGGUUUCAAAGUCAAGAGUGUACGUUAGUGGCGCGGACGCAAACUACGGCAGAUCCACAGGGCGGAACUGUUGGAUACAAAGUGACUAAUCACCACAGACACUAUUGGUGCUUAUUAGGACACUGCAAUGUAUAGUCAAUAUAAGUGAUUUUGUACUUUAGUUGACCGUAAUACUAGUGUAAUUUGCGACCUACCGAAUUUUGAGUUGUAGGCGUAACGGAAUGUCAAUGAACGGUCGAAAAAAUGACAAGUGCUCAAAUGAGAUAAUGGUUGUGUGUGUAACUGUACUGAUGGAACCGUGAGUUAGUUAAUUACGCAGAGUUGCGUGACGUCGCCGCUAGUGAUGGACGUAGGUGGCCGCAGCCGGAUCGCAGUAAGAACGCAGCCGGACCGCAGUCGCGUCGCAGGCAGAGAGGCUGCCUUACAGAAAUUACACACAAGCGUAACUAUUGGUGUAGUUUAAGUAAAAUUAAAUCACUCUAUAUUUAGAGGACGGUAUAGAAGCGAGUGUAGUGAGUAAUUCUAGAGAAAUCAAGACACCUCGUUGGACUAGGACUCUAGUACAAUCUGUGGCAGGACUUUGGACUGAAUCCAUAUUUAUAAUUAUAUAUUUUUAUUUAAUGCGAUAAGUCUGACUGUAAAGAAAAUAUUAUGGUGACGAUUUUGUUACGUUGUAACAUGUAUUAUUUGUUCUUAAUGGCUUCACUUGACAGUACUUAGAUACAACAUUUGCAUUACUUACCUUACAACAUUUGCAUAUGAAAUUUAACACAUCUGUAAUUAAAGGCAUGAAAGCUAGGUUUUUUUAUUGUUACGCAAUGCAUAUCAAGAACGCAAUAUGGUAGAAAAUAAAUAAUGUAUAUAAAGUUUAGGGAAACAAUCUAAUGAAUACAGACUGCAAUAUAAACUGGAUAGUCUAGUGUUUAGUUACGAUCUAUGCUAGUUAGGCUUUCAUUCAGUUAUAAUUAUUAUCACAAGCUUUAUAAUUUUAAAGUGUCAGCAACUGAUGACUGAAAUAUAAAGGGCCAAUAUUAAUUUCUUUUUUACACAAACGAUGUAAUAGAUUUAAGUAUGUUUUAUGCACAAAAGUGAAUUAUAUUGUCACAUCUGGCUUAUUUAUUUGACUGAUUAAAAUCCAAAUUUUACGUGUAAAUUAUAUGCCCUCGCAUUUCAAAUUCAUUCAUAUAAU